AUAGAGCCCCCAGCUACCUAACUCAACUCUCCUCCUUCAAUGUUUUACAUCAAAUAAUCACUGAGACUAUGCGAUUACUUUAAUCACCACAUUUUAAGCUAGCAGCUCCUAGUUAUAUAACCUUGUCCUGCUGUCCUAAUUAUAGAAUAACCCAAUCAAAGCAGUGCCAACAAAAAGACUCUGAAAAAAUUAAAAGCUGAGAUUAAUUAUUCUCCUUUAUGCACAUAUUCUUAUUCUGUUUCCAGUUGCUACUCUGGGUGGUCUUGUAGUCAAAUUAUUCGUUGGCAUCCAAAGCCACUUUGUCACACUUUAAAAUUUUAAUUUCUACAGGAUUCUUGAAGGGGCAAGUAAUACAGAAAGCUAGUUGGAAUGAAAGAUUGGGCUGCACCACUUAUAGCAUCAGCUCUGUUUGCACUUCUGGCACCAGGGCUCUUGUUUCAGCUGCCUGGAAAACAUAAGCCGUUCGAGUUCAUGAACAUGAAGACCACGAUAGCAUCGAUGUUUUUGCACACUGUGCUCUAUGGUUUGCUGCUUAUUCUGUUUCUUGUUGUGCUCGACAUCCAUCUCCUUGCGUGAUGUAUGAUUCCGAAUUGUGAGUGUUGAUUUUAUAUGUGAUAUGCCUGUGUUAUUCAAUCUCAAUUUUUAUUCCGUUCAGUAAUCUCAGAUUCGGAUGCUGUUGUGAUU